UUAUUUUUUUUUUUUAAAAUAUGAUUAUUAUUGUUUUUUUUUAAUUAUUAAAAAUUAGAGUAAACCUAUUAAAAUGCGACACGUGGCAAAAAACCUAAGGAAACCGAUUAUCAAAACACUUUAACCGGUCAGGGAUUGUUAAUGGAAGAUCCUUAUUAAAGGUGGGAUUGUUUCUCGAAUUUCAAAAGGUGAUAAUGUUUCUGGAAGAUGGAGCAAAGGUGAGAUUAUUAGAAUUUAUUUUUCCUUUUUAUUUAAGCUUUUAUAUUCAACUUGUUUAGGGUGUUUAAGUGUUUUUUUAUUCAUUUGUUCCUCUAUUGGAACUUGUUUUUUUUUUUUUUGUUGGUAAGGAGAAAGACCCUAUCAAGCCGGAACCUCUCAUAGGUCCUUCCGGCCCAUAUUAGCGGGCUAGGCUCCUCUAUUGGAACUUGGAAGACAUGAUUUGGGCCAUGCACAAAUUAUAAACCGUAACUAGAUUAAAAGUGCCAAAAAAAAAAAAAAAAAAAAAUUUAAAUUGAUACUCCGUACAAUGUAGAAUUUUGCAAAUAAUCCCAACAAAUUAAAAUUUCCCAUCACAUUUCUCUGCAAAUCAAUCUUCUUCGAUCUUGGAAAAGAAACUCCUUUCUGCCCCUUCUCCUUUCUGGGAAGGUAGUUUAAAAGAACCUACUGUGGACUGUGGUUGGUAAGAGAGAUGGAGGAUGUUGUGGAGCAACAGAAUCCAUCACUAGGUGAAGAUGGAGAGAGUGAUAUAGUAACUGAACAGGCUACCUUUGUCCAUGGAGCACCCCAUCAAAAUGAUAAUGGCCCCCCUAAAGUAGAUGCUGAAGUUGAGGUUCUUCAUGAGAAAGUUACCAAGCAAAUAAUCAAAGAAGGUCACGGUGAAAAACCAUCCAAAUAUUCCACAUGCUUUGUGCAUUACAGAGCAUGGACUGGGAGCACACAACACAAGUUUGAAGACACAUGGCAGGAGCAACGGCCAAUAGAGCUAAUUCUAGGAAAAGAGAAGAAAGAGAUGGAAGGAUUAGGAAUUGGUAUAUCAAACAUGAAGUCUGGAGAACAUUCCUUGUUACAUGUUGGUUGGGAGCUAGGCUAUGGAAAAGAUGGAAGCUUCUCCUUUCCAAAUGUUCCACCCAUGGCUGACAUUAUAUAUGAAGUUGAACUCGUUGGAUUUGAUGAAACCAAAGAAGGUGAACCACGUAGAGACAUGACAGUUGAGGAAAGGAUUGGUGCUGCAGACCGGCGAAGAAUGGACGGAAAUGCUUUAUUUAAGGAGGUCAAACUGGAGGAGGCUAUGCAACAGUAUGAAAUGGCAAUAGCAUAUAUGGGAGAUGAUUUCAUGUUCCAGCUGUUUGGAAAGUACCGUGAUAUGGCUAUGGCUGUCAAGAAUCCUUGUCAUCUCAACAUGGCAGCAUGUUACAUUAAGCUCAAGCAAUAUGAUGAUGCCAUAGUGCAAUGCAGCAUUGUCCUAGCUGAGGAUGAAAAUAAUGUCAAAGCACUGUACAGACGAGGAAAAGCAAGAGCAGAACUAGGGCAAACAGAAGCAGCUAGAGAAGACUUGCUCAAAGCUCGUAAAUAUGCUCCUGAUGACAAAGCAAUUGCCAGAGAACUGCGGGUUCUUGCUGAACAUGAAAAAUCUGUCUAUCAGAAGCAGAAGGAGAUGUACAAAGGAAUGCUGGGACCAAGACCUGAACCCAAGCCCCAGCAAACUAGUUGGCUAGCUCUCUUUUGGCAGUGGCUUAUCUCUUUAUUCUAUAAGAUUUUCAAGCAGAAAACACAAAAAUCUGACUAAUUUAUUUAUCCUAUAUAGUGCCCAAAGUUGUGACUAGCUAGAGUUAAAUAAAAUCAAACUGAUGUAUAUACUAUAUAACUGUAUUUUACUACAAAAAUGCUUUUUGUCCAAUUUUAAGUACUGUAUUACUUCGUAUAAGAAUCUUACUUGUUUAUCUAAUAUGAAAAUACAGGUAUAGUCAAU